AUGCCCCCUGGGAAACCCACUGAUGAGUGUAUAGCUGUGGAGUACUUCCUGGCGCAGUCUGACAGAGGAGACCUGCUUUCUCCACUGGAGCAUGUUGAAAUCACUCCGCCAGAGACACAGGUUGAAGUUCAGGAGGAUGAGUGUCUGGAUGUUACAAUAUGUGAUGCAGCAGACAUCAAUUUAGAUGCACACACCCGUGGCAGUUCCAGCAGUCAUGAUGAUUCAUUGAUCUCCUCUCUGGAAACCAGUCUUCCAAGUGGUGGCUCUUACAGUCCUGACAUUGAAGACAUUUCCUGCGCUGGGCCCAGCACAUCAGCUCCGGACAGUAGAUGUGAUUCAAGGGGUGUUCCUGGAUGGGAGGCAGUGGAUAACCUGGCAGGGUACCUCGUCAGCCUCAACCGCACUAUCACUGCUUUGUCAACAAAUGAGAUAGCAGAGAUCUUGCGGUUGUAUUGGUGUCUGCAUGCCAUUGAUCGGUCCCCCUCCACGUAUUCCCUUAAGUGCAAGAAAAAUGUCUUGCCAGGUCGCUGGAGAGCUUCUCGGAAGCAUAGUGGCUCAGCCCCUGGUCAGCAAGCGGCUGAGAGACUGUUCAUGACCCAUGGCCAGGCUGCCCAGAGACCUGAUGUCAACAGGAUUUCAGAAUGCGUCACACUCAAGCUUUUGAAGGAAUUCAGGGAAGCCAGAAACAGGCCUAAAGACAACAAGGGCAAAAUCUUCCCAAUUCCUCAGGCAACUGUGAUGACGUAUAGUCACAUCAAGCAGCUGCUUGAAGACUGCAGAGAAGUGCUGGACAAGACCAACUUGGUGCUAGUUACGAUCAACAAUACUACAGUAUCAUCUUGGCUUUUAGACCGACAGAAAAGAACUGAUCGGGACACCUUGUUGCAAGGAGUGGAGCUUCCCCAGCAGGUUGAUUUGGCGACUGAGCCACUACCAAAGCCUAAAGUGCUCCCAUCAGCACCUGUUGAACAUAAGCAUGUUCCCAUUGAGUUCCAGGAGCCUGAAAAUCGGGAGGGUGAGGCA